GUUCGCCCCAACUCGCCAGUGCGCCCCAUCAAUCCCAUUUGUUUUGCAUGAACUUGUCUAUGGUCUUUCUUUCCCUUGAAUCUCCUGGCCACCCAGCUCUUCCUGAAGCUGCAAGCCUCUCCUCAUUCACUUGAUACCUUGACAUGUCAUCUGCCCAUCCCACAACAGACCUAAUCAUAAUCAACCAACACCAUGAAACCAUCUGCCCACUUCAACCAUGGACCGAUCGACAAUGCCUUGGCAGAGGAACCCGUCAUGAAGUCUCGCUACCCCCCCAGGCAGCUUAACAAGCUCUGUGAUGGUUGCCAAGCAGUGUUCCCUACGACUGGGCCGUGGUUCUGGGACCUGGAAGACGCCGUGCUUGCCGACGAAGAUGAUUGGCACCUGCGGGAUUUCAGCAUUUGUGACCUUCACGAGUCGGCAGGGGCGGGCUGUCACUUGUGCAGGGUCUUUCUGGACUCCCUACUUCCACCCGAUAUGAUCGUGGGAAACCGUCAAGGAUACGUUGAGUGGUACGAGGCUAACCAAAAAAUCCGACUCCGUUGCUCACUAGACAAGGACUGGAAGAAUGUAGACUUGCCCAUGAAGUUGACGAUUCUCAGUAACUAUCAGGAGCAAUCCACCUUGGGUGAAAGGUUCGCGACUUCCUCUGUUCAGACACUACGAUUCCAGUCUGUCCGCCCAGCCUUGUCGGGACAGUGCACCAACGGACCAGCCUGGAUAGCGGAUAUAAGGGACUUCCUGGGAAGCUCAUCGGGGUAUGGCCCUCUCACGAUAUCCCAACCGACAUCAACCACUACCUUCGGCUCGUCCUCAAUCGAGCAAGUUCGGAAGUGGUCGACGCAAUGUCUUGAGGAUCAUGGAAAUUGCAUACUUACCUUCAGUAGUGGCAAUGAAAAGCACCGCUAUCAGAGCAAGAUUCGUUUCGUUGACGUUGGAACCGAUGAACACCCAAUAUUCCGGCUGGUCGAUGGCGAAACUCUCAAGAGACAGGAGGGCUGCAUUAAUUACAUCACCCUCAGCUAUCGCUGGACGGCCGAAACUGCCCUCACGAGCCUAAGAACAUACAACAAGGCCCUUUACCACGAUCCCAUACCCACUGAGACCCUUCCACAGAUCUACAAGGACGCCGCCGCAGUUGCUCGGGCUCUACAUAUCCCUUAUGUUUGGAUUGAUUCCCUCUGCAUCAUCCAAGAUUCUACUCAAGACUGGAACGAACAAGCCUCCCUGAUGGAUAGCAUUUACACCCAUGCGCGCCUGAACCUCUCCGGGAUGUUUGCGGAUCGGGCUGUGGGCCUCCGGGUGGAAAGAGAUCCUCUGGCCGUUUCGCCGUGCAUCAUAUCCCGUCGUCUUCCCACUGAUUGCGACGCUGACGAGGAGUGGUAUGAACACUUCGCCUGCUUCGAAGGCUACGGUGCCAACAGCUUCGUGGACCUUGCGCCCUUGUUCAGACGAGCAUGGUGCCACCAAGAGCGCGUCCUGCCCAUUCGCACCGUCUAUUUUGGCGAGCAGCUUGUUUGGCAAUGUCCUCGCCAAAUGGCCAGCGAAGCCUUUCCGUCGUGGAUCUGGCGAGGACCAUAUGAUCCGUUUUCUGAGAUGUCUGUUCACGCUCACCGGCAGCAAGCUUUGGAUAUAGGAUACUUGCUCCUCGAGGACUCGCGUGAUACUUGGGAAAAUAUCGUGAAGCUUUAUACCCAGACGCAGGUAACGAAGCAGACGGACAGGUUGGUUGCUCUCCGGGGUAUCUUCAACCGAUUUGGGCAUAUGUGGGGCCAGCAUGAUCUAAACUGGUGCGUCGCUGGGCUGUGGAAGCAGCAUCUCGUACGGCAACUACUCUGGGAACGAUGUGGCGAGAUGAAUAAGGAGGACGAGGACAUGACUGCUCGCGCAAAAGAGAUUCUCGACCUCUUCCCUUCCUGGUCCUGGGCGUCCUGUCCUUCAGAGAUAUUCUUCCAAACCAUGGGCUUGGGUAGGGGUCACCAUGUUGAGGACUUGGUUGAAGUUGAUUCCAUCCAACCUUCUCGGCCACUCAAGUCGGGGGAUACAUACACGGCGUUCGAGACAGGAUCACACAUUGUUUUCCGUGGAUUAAUCGCCCAACAAUUUGAUCCCGAGAAAGUCCUCCAAACAUGGACCACCCAAGACUCCUUAGAUGGUCUUGAAGUCUCAUUGUCCAUCGACGGGGAGCGGACUUUAAAACUCGACACCGGUGUAGUAUUUGACCGACCCCAGAUCGACUCAAUCAAGCACGAAGACCUUAGGUUUCUUCCACUACGAAUGUACUGCAUGAUGAAUGACAGCUGCUCUGGGUACGUAGGUGGCCUGCUGGUAGAGUCACUGGGCAUCCGGGAUGGGCUACCGACCUAUCGCCGCAUGGGCCUCUUCUCGGCAUUUUGCGAAACAGAGAUCAUUCCUGGUUGGCUUGAUCGUGCCGAGGAGUUGGCGGAAAAUAUUGAUGUUGCCAUGGGGGAUUUGAGGGAUAAGAGGAAAGAGUUUCCACUUUUGCAGCUGGUGUGAUUACUCGGGUACCUGUAUGAUCGGAAGUCAAACAUUAACCUCAAAUGGUGC